CUUGUCAAAGACCUCCUCGUGCCUAGAGAGCAAAUUCAAAGUCUUCUUGGUCUAGCGGACCAGGGUCACGGCACAGCAGCCGACCCUUCUUCCAUCCCUUCUCGCAAAAAUAUUCUAUCUGCCCUUCGCAGUCUCAUCACCAACCCUAACAUCAAGCACAGUGAUCCCAUCAUCAUCUUUUUCACUGGACAUGGUUCUCACUAUCCAUUGUCAGACGAUGACGAUGAUCCUGACUUUUUUGAUGAGGACUCCGAUGAUGAGCACUGCCGCAAAUUCAUUGAGGUGCUUUGUCCCAUGGACCGGAACACCCUCGACAGUAGCGGUGCAUUCGUCCCCGAUAUCACCGACCGGGAGAUCAAUACUUUGCUCUCCCAGAUAUCCCAUACCAAAGGACAUUGAAUCACGUUUAUCCUGGAUUGCUGUCAUGCAGGCAGUGUCACUCGAUCACUGAGCUUAGCAGAGCGGAUGGUUUCCCCGCUGGAGCGUGCCUCGAUCGAAGAUAUGCUCCUCGCUGCUGAAGAGACCCUGAGGAACCUCCCUGGUUAUCGAUUGAUCGCCGCAGAGGAUUGGAUCCCGGACAUGGAUUCCCAUGUUAUGCUAGCAGCAUGUAGGGGAGACGAGGUUGCGAAAGCGAGGCAGGUAAAGAAGGAGAAAGGCAUGGAGGUAUGGAGCGGUGUAUUCACGAACUCGCUCUUAAAGGUCCUGAAGUCUGGUGUGUUGGAAGAAGAAGCGACAUAUGUUGACCUCAUUAACGCUCUGCCAUGACCCUCUCUCCGGCACCACUUCCAGACGCCUAAUGUCGCAGGGGGACGCAAGGAUACGCGACUUUGGUAUCAGGAUUGACUUGAAGCUAUUGUCUGUAAAUUUUUGGAAGUGACUGGUUCGCUUUGAUUAU